GCAAGUGUGCCACCUGUCCAAACCAAAUUGAAACACCACGAAGCCUCACUAAGCCAUGGUCACGUGACAUGGGCGUUUUGAACCACACUUCGAAACACUGUUCGAAACACUUGCGUUUCGGAAGCUCGACACUGUUUCGAAACGUCAGCUUCGAGCGUCACAUCCCUACUCAUUACACCACUAAACUUACCAGAAAGAAAUUGCUUAAGACCAUUUUACAGCUAGGAUAUUGCGACAAUAAGUACCACGUCCCUGUUGUGCAAUGACUGAGUGCACUCUGAAUGUACACUGUAGGCACAAGAUACACAUUCACAGAGGUCCCAGUUGCUUUCAAACUAAAUGUGUUCUGAUUUGAUCUGGAAAAUCGGAUUAUGGACAUGGCUCAGGCAGUGAUUCUGACUGUUACCCUGUUAAUAGGUUUGUGUUGUUUGGGACAACAGCAGUCAUUAUUGCCAUCUGAACCCACCAUAGGAGCUGUGGGGGAAAACGUGACGUUCACCACAAUCAACCGUCCCUCAUCCUCCUUCAAAGAAAUCAGCUGGAGAUUUCAAAGCAUCCCCAUCAUCGCCAGUGCAGGUGCUAAUAAUAUCACCUUUGGGUCUAACUAUUCUGGCCGUGUCCAGCUAGACACCCUGACCGGCUCUCUGGAGCUGCACAAUCUAACUCUGCAAGACUCUGGGGAGUACACAAUCACCAUUAGGCUUGCAGGAGGCGCAGAGCUUAGUGGGAGAAGACUUCUAAAAGUGCUGGCUCCUGUCUCAGAUGUCUCUUUGGGGGCCAAUGCGACUGAGCUGAUCGAGUUCCACAGCUCUGUUCACAUCAGCUGCACUGCCACUGGCUCCAACGUCACCCUAAAGCUCUAUGGCGGCGGUGUCAAUGUCUCUGGCACCGGACUGACUGUGAUUGACAGUGUCACCUACGGAGUGAGGAGAGGUGACAGAGGGCCCUACGUAUGUGAGGCCUCCAACGCUGUGAGUGCGGUUAUCGUUCGCACCCUGACCCUGAAUAUUCUUUAUGGACCGGAUGAGGCAAGAGCAGCAGUGACUCCUACGAUCCCAUUCUACAGUGCAGGCUCUGACAUCACCCUGUCCUGCUCCUCUGAGUCCAACCCUGCUGCCCAGUUCCAGUGGGCACUGAAUGGAACCCUGCUAGGCAGAGAAGGACCAGAACUACGACUGGAGAACGUUCAGACCAGUGAGAGUGGAGCCUACAGCUGCUGGGCUAACAACAGCAAAACCGGGGGAAUUGUUCAGUCUAGGAGGCUGUAUAUUACCGUGUUGGAGGACACAAUUGGUCAUCAAGGCUUGAGUGGAGGUGCCAUUGCUGCUAUAGUGAUAUGUUCUCUGAUGGCUGUAGCUUUCUUCACUGCCAUCUUGUUGACCAUACAGAAGUUCCUCAAGAAGAGGUGAAAUUCACUGGAUUAACAAGAGCCCCAAAUGGAAAGAGUAUCAAGAUAAGCUGCACUGUAUACUGUCGUUAUCCAUUUUUUUCUCACAGCAACAACAUUGUCAGUUACAGUUUGACUUCAGUGACAUUUGAUUAGCUUGUUUCCCGAUCCAUCUCAUAAGAGUCCUAUGCAUACUGUGAAUAUACUGUACUUCAAGAUACCUUAAAUCCAUGUGUCUGGCAUCUAUUAUUAUCAUUCAGGUAGGACUGAGCCUGCAUGAGAUGAGGUUGAUGGGCAUGCUAGUGCAGGUGAUUAUUAUAUUAACAAGAAGGUCCAAGUUAAAAUGUAACAUGUCACCUAGUGCAAAGUCUGUAGGCAACAUAUUACUCAUGGGGAACACGGCUGUUACAAAAAGGCCUGGUGGAAAGUAAAGUGAAGCACUUUGUUCAGAGUUCACAGAGUUUUAAUAUUCCCCCCAAAACAUAUUCCAAAAAGUAUUAGUUCAGAAUGCUAUUACAAUAUUUCCUGAAGAGAAAUAACAGUUGUAAUACAAGUACCAGCAUAUACCAUUAUAACGCUGUGUGCAGUAUUCAUGACAGUAACUAUCCGUGUGGGGAUAUAUUUUUCCAAUUAAUUAAUUAAUUUAUUCUCUAUUCUAGGUUAAGUAACAUAUCCACAGCUUUAUACCUUAAUCGAGGAAAUGCAGUUUUGGUUUUGCAUGUAUAAUGUGUUUGUUUCUUAUUCUAUGAAGUAAAUGUAAGAUAUGAUAGUGUUUGAAGUGUACAUCUCACUGAUAUGAGAUUAAAUAAAAUUACUGUAAACCAUA